UCUGUCUGCUGAAUGUCCCCAUCCUCACCGCUACAAUUUCACCUUAUAUUAAAAUUCCCCAACUUCGGUACGCCAAGAAACCCAGAUUUCCUUGACUCUUGAGCCUUGACCCCCCCACCCCAGGUUGCACUUGCUUCUUUUGAAGUAUUCUGGUUUAUUUCGAAGGAAAUCUUUUUUUCUGUGGACAAUUUUUGUUUCAUUUUGUAUUUGAUGUGCAUGGAGCUCCAACUGGGACUCGCUCUUCCAAGUGAUCCUCUUAUUAUUCCAAUCAAAAUGUUUGACCUAAACAGCUGUGGUUACGAGCCUGGGGAGGGUUUGGGUUCCAACACUUUGAGCCGGCCAUUGCUAAAACUGGGUCCAUCUGACAUUAACAUUAAUAACAGCAGCAGCAGUAGCCCUAGCCGCAGCGGUGGCAGCAGAAAACGGGGCUUCGAUGAAGUACAGCGCUUUGAUGAGAACAGAAUUUUUCCCAAAACGCUGCCUCUUUUGCUUUCGACUAACCAACCUAAUGAUGAACAUGACCCUAAUGGUCUCGAGGACAACUCUUCUUCUGCCAUUUUCAAGAAUGAUGGAGAGGGUUUAGUGGGGUGGCCACCAGUGAAAACCUGGAGGAAGAAGCUACUCCUACAAAUUCCAAAGGGCGGAGCAGUUAACAAUAAUCGCGUGGCGGCGAUGGCGGAGAAUGGCUGCCGCGGCAGGGCUUCAAAUUCCACGUACGUGAAGGUAAAGAUGGAGGGAAUUGCAAUUGCCAGGAAAAUUGACCUUAGCGUCCAUCACUCUUUUGAAACGCUUACAAGCACCCUGAUGGGAUUGUUUGAUAUAUCUGAUGAGAAUUGGAAGGGCUUUAAACUCACUUAUCAGGACAUAGAAGGAGACUGGUUGCUUGCUGAAGAUGUUCCCUGGAGGACCUUCAUUCGCUCCUCGAAAUGCCUCAAAUUGAUUAGAAGCAGAGGCUAGCAAAUGGGGAGUUUUCUCAUGGGACCACAUCAAAUUUAUAAAAAUCGUCGGCCAGCAAGUUUCAGCUUCCUUUUGAUCUUAAAAGAAUCGUGUGGGUCUCUUUUUUUUUUUUUCUUGAAUUUUGAAUGACUGCAUGUAAUAUAUAGUAAUUUAACUCUUUUUUUUCUUUUUUUUUUUUUGUGUAAAAUUUGAAACAGCAAUCAGUUCUAUGAGAAUCGGAAAAGACUAGAAAACAUAUGACUUGGUGAUCAUAUUUGAAUCUGCUUGAGCCGCCGGUUUCUUUAAAGCAAAAGCACUUGAAUAACACCAUGGUCAGGCCAUAUUUAAGUGCAAUUUACACCUAACACUAACUUUUGCAUAUUCUUAAGCAUAAAACAAUUUUGGGACAAUAAAAAAGGCCUUUGAUUUCUUUUUUGAGUGGAAUGUUUCCGGUUAUCCUUCUCUAGAAUAGCACUAAAGAUUGUAGCUUUAUAAGAUUUGCAGACUACAU